GGAAGUGGUUGGUGUGUUUGUGAAUGAUUUAAAAUAACUUCAAUAUGUAGCCAAAAAAACACAAUACACCACUUAUAAGAGGUUAUUUAUUACAGCUUUUUUUGUCGUAACAGACUGUUGGAAAUAACUCAAAUGCUUACCAAAAGGAGGCUGGAUAAGUAAAUUAUGGCACAGCCAUACAAAGGAACACUAUAUUCCUUUGUAUGCAUGGAAUUUUUAAGUAAAAUUUUUAUAGUAAGAUUUUUUGCUGUAUCUAUAUGGAAAGAUCUCCAAAGUUUACUGCCAAAUGACAAAGCAAGGUCCAGAACAAUACUCAGUGAUCCUCAGUGAGCGGCGCGCCGCAGAGAAGGACGAGGACUGGGAUGCCGUGGCGCCCAAGUGGCCCCGACGCGGGGCGGGGAGCAAGCUCGGAGGCCGUAGGCUCAUUGUGGUGCCGGAAGGGGCCAGUCUGGAGACGGUCAAGAUGGGGAAGACGUACGAGCUGCUCAACUGUGACAAGCACAAGUCUAUGUUGUUGAGGAAUGGACGGGACCCUGGGGAAGUGAGACCAGACCUAGCGCACCAGAGUUUGCUGAUGCUGAUGGACAGCCCUCUGAACCGGGCUGGCUUGCUACAGGUUUACAUCCACACUCAGAAGAAUGUGCUGAUUGACGUGAACCCGCAGACUCGAAUUCCCAGAACCUUUGACCGCUUUUGUGGCCUCAUGGUUCAGCUCUUACACAAACUCAGCGUUCGAGCGGCUGAUGGCCCCCAGAAGCUCUUGAAGGUGAUUAAGAAUCCUGUGUCAGGUCCCUUCCCAGUUGGGUGUAUGAAAAUUGGCACUUCUUUUUCUGUCCCGAUCAUCAGUGAUGUGCGGGAGCUGGUGCCCAGCAGUGACCCUAUUGUCUUUGUGGUAGGGGCCUUUGCCCACGGCCAGGUGGACGUGGAGUACACAGAAAAGAUAGUGUCCAUCAGCAGCUACCCCCUCUCUGCUGCCCUUACCUGUGCAAAACUCACCACAGCCUUUGAGGAAGUGUGGGGGGUUGUUUGACAGGAGAGCCUUGUCUUGACACAGAGACUGUGGACAUUGCUUCCCUGCCCCUGUCCUCAGCGGACUGCUGCAAGACCCCCUGCCUGCAACGAGACUGGGGUUUGCGGGGGUGGGUGGGGGGUCCAGGCUGUACACCUGCUAUUUGUUUAUCUUAUAAACGCUGUUCUCACCAAAAAAAAAAAAAAAAAAAGACUCAGUGAUCCUCUAGGAUCCUUGAUGUUUGUCAGGGUUGAACGCCCUUUCUUUCUGCUCCCAGACUGGGCUGUGAGUUCCCUGAGGACAAAGGUUCUCUUCUCUCACUCUCUCUCCAGAGUGCUUAAUACCGGGCCUUGCAGGAAAUGUUAAGAUGUUUGUUGAGUGAACGCACAGAGGAGAGAGGUGGGAGAUGAGUCUGGGGAGGUAGAUUUGGGGCCAGACUACGAAGGAAGACAUUGACGAGUUGAACUCCAAUGGAAGACAGAUAUGUUUGCGUUUUUUGUGUUUUUGUUUCUGUUUUUACAGUUUUAUUAAAGUGUAAUUUACAUUCAUAAAGUUUUUUAAGUAGAGAGAUGAAUUUGGGUAAAAUGUAGAUAUCAUGCAACCACCAUCACAAUCCAGUUUUAGGACACUUCCAUCACUCCAAAAUGUUCCCUUCUGCCCCUCUGCAGUCAGUCUUCACCUCCAUACCCCAGACCCCAGGUAACCACUGACAUGCCUCUUGUUUUGGUUUUUCUAGAAUUUCAUAUAAAUGAAAUCUUACAGUGUGCAGUUUUUUGUAUCUGGAUUCUUUCACUCAGCAUGUUGUUUUCGAGAUCCAAAAUGUUGUUGUGUGUAUCAGUAGUUAGUUCCUUUUUACUGUUCAGUAGUAUUAUAUUGUAUGUAUAUGCAAAUCCAUAGAAACAGAAAGUAGAAUAGUGGUUGUCUGUUGAUGAGAGAGGGGAACCGGGAGACAUAGGGUUUCUCUUUGGGGUGAUGGACAUGUUCUGGCAUUAGAUGGUGCUGAUGGUUGUACAAAAUUGUGACUAUACUAAAAGACACUGAAUUGUACACUUUAAAAUAGUUAAAACUCAUCAAAACGGAGAGUAGAGUGGUGGUUGAUGGGGCUGGGGGCAGGAGAAGUGGGGAGAUACUGGCCAAAGGAUACAAAUUUCUAAUUAUACGACAAAUAAGUUCUAGGGAGCUAAUAUUAUAUAUACUAUUACUAACAAUACUGUUUUAUAUACUUAAAAGUUGCCAAGAGAGUAGCUCUUAAGUGUUCUCACCACAAAAGAAAAGAAAAUGUAAUUAUGUGAGGUGAUAGAUUUAUUAACUAACCUUAAAAUGGUAAUCAUUUUGUGAUAUAUACAUGUACCAAACCAUCACAUUGUACACUUGAAACUUAAAUGAUGUUAUAUAUCAAUUAUAUCUCAAUAAAUGUGCAGGAAAAAUAAAAUGGUUAAAA